ACAAAUUUUCCAGAGGGCAGUGUGCCUGGAGGACGUUUUGGCAUGUAGACAAUUUUGUCCAGGCGACGUUUUGGCUAGGAGACAUUUGGCUGAUUUACAACGUCUAACGACAAAGGAUAGACAAUUUUUAAGCAUAUCUUGUAAUACGCUUCUCUUCAGACAACUAGUAUAG